AUGGGGGAGGCCACGCGGCGGCGGCGGGUCACGCCGACGCUGCUGCUGGCGCUGGUGCUGCUGGCGGUGACCGUUCCUGCAGGCUUCUGCGCCAUCAACGCUCAAGAUGCUUCUGCUCUCAACGCCCUCAAGAGCCAAUGGACGAACGCCCCGUCGAGCUGGUCCUCGUCGAGCGACCCCUGCGACGGGGGUUGGGACGGCGUCAUGUGCAACAACGGCAGGGUCAAUUCGCUGCGGCUGUCAAGUGUCAACAUCCAGGGCACGCUCAGCGACAGCAUCGGACAGCUCACCCAGCUCGUCUACCUGGAUGUUUCCUUCAACCUCGGUCUCAGUGGUCCAAUGCCCGCUACAAUCGGGAACCUUGCACAGCUUACCACACUGAUCCUGGCAGGCUGUAGCUUCACAGGAAGCAUUCCACAGGAACUCGGCAACCUACAGCAGCUCACAUUCCUGGCGCUGAAUUCAAACAAGUUUACAGGCACAAUACCCCCUCAACUUGGUUUACUCUCAAAUCUCUUCUGGUUGGAUCUGGCUGAUAAUCAGCUCACUGGAUCUAUCCCGGUCUCAACAGCGACGACACCAGGGCUUGACCAACUUAUCCACACGAAGCACUUUCAUUUCAACAAGAACCAGUUAUCUGGGACACUUGCAGGUCUCUUCAACUCCAAAAUGAGUCUGAUUCACGUAUUGUUCGAUAGCAAUCAAUUAGCUGGUCCAAUACCAGCAGAGCUAGGGGGCGUUUCAACACUCCAAGUCCUCCGACUAGAUAGGAACAGUCUUCGGGGAGCGAUUCCUCCUAACAUCAGCAACUUGGUGAAUCUUAAUGAGCUGAACUUGGCCAGCAACCAGCUCACUGGAUCACUGCCAGAUCUAAGCAGCAUGACCCAAUUACAUGUCGUAUCAAUAUCUUCUGGACAACUUUCUGGCGUGGUCCCCAAGGGUCUCUUCAGAUUGCCCCAGCUGCAGCAAGUUAUACUGAGCAAUAACGCGUUCAACGGAACCCUUGAGAUCACGGGCAACAUCAGCAACCAACUUCAGACUAUUAAUCUCAUGAAUAACGGUAUCUUUGCUGCCAAUGUCACCCCAAGCUACAAGAAGACUCUAGUGCUAGUCGGGAAUCCAGGCUGCCAGGACCCAGAUUUAAAAUCCUUCUGCAGCCUCAAGCAGGAGAGCAUGAUAGCAUACAACACCAGCCUGAGCAAAUGUUCCUCUACAGAUUCAUGUUCCAGUGACCAGAGUCUGAACCCUGCAAACUGCGGCUGCGCCUAUCCCUACGCCGGGAAGAUGGUCUUCAGAGCGCCGUUCUUCACGGACCUGACAAACAGCACCACUUUUCAGCAGCUGGAGACAAGCCUCACGACGCAGUUAUCUCUACGUGAUGGCUCUGUAUUCCUCUCGGACAUCCACUUCAACAGUGAUAACUACCUCCAGAUUCAGGUGGCGCUUUUCCCAUCGACUGGGGUGUCCUUCAGCGUGCCGGAUCUGAUACGGAUAGGCUUUGAUCUGAGCAACCAGACUUACAAACCACCACCAAAUUUUGGACCUUAUUACUUCAUUGCAAACACAUACGCUCUUUUGGCAGGUGCUUCUUCUAGUGGUAGUAAGAAAUCACAGAUCAGUACUGGCGCUAUCGCUGGAAUUGCGGUAGCCGGUGGACUUCUUGUGAUUGCUCUCAUUGGCAUGGUAUUAUUUGCGUUGCGACAGAAAAGAAGGGUUAAGGAAGUGACGGGACGAACUGACCCUUUCGUUCCAUGGGGAGUUUCUCAGAAAGACAGUGGAGGGGCUCCACAGCUCAAAGGAGCAAGGUUGUUCUCUCUGAAUGAACUGAAGAACUGCACCAACAAUUUCUCAGACACCCAUGAGAUAGGCUCAGGAGGCUAUGGAAAGGUGUAUAAGGGAACACUCGUUGAUGGAACGUGGGUCGCCGUAAAGAGAGCAGAGCGGGGAUCAAUGCAAGGUGUGGUGGAAUUCAAGAACGAGAUCGAGCUGCUCUCCAGGGUUCAUCACAGGAACCUGAAUGAGGAAGGAUACAGUAAAGCAGAGUUUGGGUAUGAAAGUGACACAGAGAUGGCACAUGGGUAUAAUGCACCCCAAAAGAAUGGUGGAGGUAGCACCACCAGUUCGGCAUCAGGAAGCAAAGUAGAUGCAGAGAAGCUAUAUCUGGAAGAACAAAACUGCGCAAGACAGGCAGUUGAAUACCCCAGAGAAAGCAAGCUAGUAGAUUUUGAGCAUCCGUGCUCAGGGAAGAAACUUGAUCUGAACACCCACAAUGUCGAUGACACUGAUCGAGCUUACAGACAUUUUGACUUGAAUGGCUUCAGCUGGAGCUGA